GUUUUUGUCACUUUAGUUGGUUAGAUAAAAAAAAAAAAAGAAGCGCAGCUGAAGCUGAUAUAGGCAGCCGAACCCUAUUUCUAUUGAGUUUUAUUCACCAAUAAUAAGCACAGUAAUAAGAUGUCUCGUCGUGAUUCCGAUUCCAAAUACCAUCGUUCUCGCUUUGAUCAUCGAGAACCACCACCCACUAGUCCUAAGCGAGCUAGAAGGGAUGGAAAAACAGAAACAGAACGGUCCUCCAGCAUGCUUAAUGUGGAUGGUGUCGACCAUAAUGGCCGAGAUCAGAAACACCAUCGUAGGUUGCAGGAUUCUGUUCCUGUGGAUACCACUGUAACAGCCGUGACAAAGAUGGAACCGGAAACCUUGAGCAAAGCAUCUGACAAAAAAAAUAAUGGAUAUCGUGAGUCAACAAAGAAUUCUUCCGGCAAUAUUGAAGGCACUCUGUCCCGAUCUCACUAUCAGCAUGAUGAGCGUGCUGGGCAAGGUCGUAGCUACAGACACAGGGAAGCUACAGAGCGUGAGAGGUGGAAAGAUUCAAGGGAUCGUCAGAGUGGAAGGGCUACAAACAGAAGUUCGGCUGCUAAUGAUGAUACAAAGGUGAGAGACGUGACAACCAGAUUGGACAGCUCAUACAAAGGACCAUCAGAUUUGAAACAAACUUCAGGGAAAAGACCCUCAUUUCGGGAAACAAAAUUACCAGUUGAUGCUGGAACCAGUGACAAACCAGCCACCCAGGUUAAUGAUGAUAGAACUGAAAGGAAGGAAGAAAGGGGAAAUCCACAAGAGAAGUCACUGGUGAACCGACACAGGACUGAAAUGCAGAGGACGAGGUUUCAAUCUAGUAACAGGAACGGUGGCGGCUUUGGAGGUUCGUUUAGGGAAAGGGAUAGGUUUAACGGGCGGCAAGGGCAGAGUGGUGGGUAUGGUGAGAAAUGGAAGCAUGACCUUUAUGAUGAAGCCAAUAAGAGCCCAAAUACAAAGAACGAAGAGGAUCAGAUUGCAAAGGUCGAAGCCCUGCUUGCUUCAUAGCCAUCUUUAUUGUUUUGUUUAGGUGAAUGUUCAUAUUAUUUGUUUCUGCUGAACUUUUGUGCUACUUGUCAGGUGACGUUUGAUUUUAUUGUCAUUAAGUAAGGAUUUAAGAACAA